ACAAUUGAUUAAUUUAUAGAAAAUUUGUUAAUUAAUAAAAUAAUAUUUAUUAAUUUUAUAGAGAAAAUUCUUUUAGUUUAUAAUUCUAUGAAAAUUAAAGAACCUAUUUCUAAAAAUAUAUAGACAAAAUUAAAGUAAUAUUAGUGAUUAUAAUAUAAUAAAUUUCUAUGGCAUAUUGGACUAUCUAGAUGACAUAAUCUUAAGUUCAAAACUUUAAAUUACGGUCUCAAACAUUUAUGAAGUUGAAAAUGAUACAGUAAAUAUGUCUUUCGACAGUUACCAGUACUCAAUUAUAUUUUUAAAAUUCUAUACAAGUUUUGAAUGGAUAUUGAAAAAUAAUUUAGUUAUUGAUAUAAUAUGUGUUGAUAUGGGUUUCAAUAACAUUUUAACUUCAAUAAACAAAAAAAACUUGAGUUAUAUUUUAGUAUAAUCUGUUAAGUUAUUUUUUUGCUUAAAACCUCUCACAUCUAAAAUAAUAAAAAUUAGAAAAAGAGAAGAUAUAUAGAAAAAGACUAAAAGAUACAUAGAUGAGCAUUUCUAAUAAAAAUAUUUAAAAUAUAUAGAAAAUUAUUAAUAUUUUAAUUAAAUGAGUUUUUUGAAAAAUGCAUACAAUAUUUUCUCAAGUUAGAUAUUUUAAAGAUUUUUGUGUAAAUUUUUAAAAAUUUAGAAGAUUCAUCCAAUUAAGAAGUUAUUCCUAUUAAAAAUGCUCAUGUAAGAAGUUAUUCCUAUUAAAAAUGCUCCCAAAAAGGAAAAUAAACGGUGUUUGACUGUUUUCCUUGUCUUUUUUUUUUGUUCUUGUCACGGAAUCUUAAAUUGACAGAAAAGAACAUUAUCUAUUUUUAGGGAAAUGAAAAUAAAGAAAAUAGCGUGAGUGAGGGAGAGAAAGUGAGAAGACUUUGACUUUGUUUUGAAGCGAGAAACAAGGCGCGGAGAAAUGAAGACGAUGAGAAACAGCUGCAGAAACAUAUCACACACCCAAAUUGCAGAAAAAAAAAUGUUCUUAAUCUUAAUCCACCAAUGAAAUAGUUUUUUCUUUUGUUCCUCGUUAAAAUUAUUCAAAAAUAAAAUCUCCAUUUUUCGUGUCACCUCUCAAGAUCUGUUUCCUUAAUUAUGAGAUUAAAGGAUAAAUCAAAUUCGAAGCGUUGUUAUUGUUGUUCGAAUCGAUAAUCGCAAUUGGGGGUAUCAGAUCGAAGAAUCGGUUCUGAGCAACGUCGUCUUGAAACGGUGGAACGAUGAACUGGGGAACAUUGCUCAAGGACUUCAAGGAUAAGGUCGGAUUAGCUGACGGCACAACCGCCGGAGACGCUUCCCGUGACCUCAUCCCUCCGCCGUCGUCUCCACCCUCGCCUUCCUCGUCCUCGAGCUACGCCGCGUCUCCUCAACGUGACCUCACUUUAUUAUCUCCCACAAGCCGAGAGAGAUAUAACUUGGAGCUGGAGUUUAGGAGAUACUGGGAAGAGUUCUCUUCCUCCACCUCCGAACAGGAGAAAGAAGCAGCCUUGACUAUGACUGUGAAUACGUUUUGUACCAUAGCGAAGCAGCAUGCCAACAUAGAUCAUUUAGUUACCAUGUUAGUAGAAAUACAUGUAUUCUCCUUUGUCAUUGGGAGAGCAUUUGUGACAGAUAUUGAGAAGUUAAAGAUUAGCAGCAAGACAAGGUCAUUGGAUGUAGAGAAAGUUAUUAAGUUUUUUUCUCAAGUCACCGAGGAAGGUGUAAGUCACGGUGAAAACCUUUUAACUGCUGUUGAAGUCCUUGUAUCUGGGAACAUUGACAAACAAUCUCUACUGGAUUCUGGGAUAUUGGGUUGUCUUAUACACACGCUCAACGCGCUUCUGACAUAUAGUGUAGCCAGUGAAGGUGAAAAAUCUGUUAGUUUGGAAGAAAAGGUGGAGGAAAGCGUUAUCCAUAUCAUGAAAGCACUGGCAAGCCAUCCUUAUGCUGCACAGAGUUUGAUUGAAGAUGACUCCCUUCGGUUGCUUUUCAAAAUGGUUGCCAAUGGUUCCGUUGUGGCUUUCUCUCAAUACAAAGAAGGACUAGUUUCAUCCCGUAACAUACAGCUUCAAAGACAUGCAAUGCAGAUUCUUGGGCAGCUUCUUGUCAAUGAUAAUGGGAGCACAGCAAGCUACAUACGCAAACACUAUCUGGUAAAGGCUCUCCUAAUGGCUAUCAAAGAUUUUGAUCCAGAUUGUGGGGACUCAGCCUAUACAAUGGGCAUUGUGGAUUUGUUACUUGAAUGUGUGGAACUAUCGUACAGACCUGAAAAUGGUGGGGUCAGGCUAAAGGAGGACAUACGAAAUGCACACGGUUACCAUUUUCUUGUACAGUUUGCCCUGGUUCUAUCUUCCAUGCCGAAAAAUAUGGUUUCUGCCUCCAGUCAUUUAUCUCAACACCAAAAUAGUGGGUUGGAUGACUCUGAACUACAGUCACCCCAUUCAGUGAAUAGUAGGCAAAAUGAUGAGUUUGGAUCACAAAGUUUCUCCCCUUCACUAUCAAGAUUGCUUGAUGUUCUUGUCACCUUGGCGCAGACUGGUCCCAUUGAGUUAUCUGGAGGAAGUACCUCACUACUGCCUCAAACAAACCCCACUGGGUAUGAUGAAACAUGGGAACAAGGAAGUGGUAAAGUAAAAGACCUUGAAGCUGUCCAAAUGUUGCAAGACAUCUUUCUUAAAGCAGAAAACAAGGAUCUUCAGGCUGAAGUGUUGAACCGAAUGUUUAAGAUAUUCUCAAGCCAUAUGGAAAACUAUAAAAUGUGCCAAGAAUUAAGGACUGUUCCACUUCUCGUGCUGAACAUGGGUGAAUUUCCUUCCUCACUGCAAGAGAUAAUCCUCAAAAUUCUUGAAUAUGCUGUCACAGUUGUAAAUUGUGUUCCAGAGCAAGAGCUGUUGUCACUUUGUUUCUUGCUUCAACAGCCAAUCAAUUCCGAGUUGAAACAUACCAUACUUUCGUUCUUUGUAAAGCUGACAUCUUUUGAUGUGCAGUACAAGAAAGUCCUAUGUGAAGUUGGUGUUUUGGAAGUCUUACAAGAUGAGCUGAGGCAGCACAAGCUUCUCAUGGGUCCAGAUCUGUAUAGUGGUGUUUCCAAUCAUUUGAAUCGGUUACCUAGUUCGCCUAGCUUCAAACAACACCUAGAUAAUAAGGAUGCCAUCAUUUCAUCACCAAAGCUAAUAGAAUCUGGUUCAGGAAUGUUACCUAUCUUUGAAGUUGAAAGCACUAUAACGGUUGGUUGGGAGUGUAUGGUCUCUUUACUAAAGAAAUCUGAAGCUAAUCAGGAAGCUUUUCGUUCUGCCAAUGGUGUGGCCGUUAUUCUUCCAUUGUUGAUCUCUGAUGACCAUCGUACUGGCGUUUUGAGAAUUUUGUCAUGCUUAAUCACGGAAGACGCUAAUCAGGUCCAUCAUGAAGAGUUACAUGCUGUUAUCGACGUGUUGAAGAGUGGAGUGGUCACUGGAAUCUCUGGGCAUCAAUACAAGCUUCAUCACGAAGCCAUAUGUGAUACCAUGGGUUCUCUGUGGCGUAUUCUUGCGGUUAAUGGCUCUGCUCAAAGAGUGUUUGGUGAAUCCACUGGUUUCUCUCUUCUACUGACCACCCUUCACACGUCCCCGGAAGAAGCAUGCAGGGAUGAGUCUCAUUUGAUGGUUCACAUCAAAUUGUUCAAACAUGUAUUGCGCCUCAUGACAUCUGCAGUGUGUGAGAAUGCUGUGAAUAGGAUGAAACUGCACAAUGUCAUUAUAUCUCAGACAUUUUAUGAUAUUUUCGUGGAGUCAGGUUUGAUGUGUGUUGAUCUGGAAAGACAGGUGAUACAACUGUUGUUAGAACUUGCACUUGAAGUUUUGCUUCCACCUUUUUUGACAUCAGAAUCUAUGGCCUCAGCUGAGAUGGCAGAAAGUGAAAAAGCUAGCUUUCUUGUAAAAACCCCAUCUGGGCAAUUUAGUCCUGACAAGCAGAGGAUAUAUAAUGCAGGUGCUAUCAGAGUUCUGAUCCGUUCACUGUUGUUUUUUAGUCCAAAAAUCCAGUUGGAAUUUCUGAAUCUUCUGGAAAGGCUUGCACGUGCCACCCCAUUCAACCAGGAAAAUCUCACGUCAGCUGGUUGCGUGGAACUUCUACUGGAGAUUAUCCACCCAUUUCUUCCGGGUUCAUCUCCAUUUCUUUCUCAUGUUUUAAAGAUUGUUGAAGUUCUUGGGGCGUAUAGAUUGUCCCCUUCUGAGCUCAAAAUGCUUUGUAGAUAUGGUCUGCAAAUGAGGGUUAAGAAUUCAGGUCAGGCGAUAGUUGGUAUGAUGGAAAAGCUAAUUCUCAUGGAAGACACAGGAUUGGAACAUGUUUCGCUGGCUCCUUUUGUAGAGAUGGACAUGAAAAAAACUGGGCAUGCUUCUGUUCAGGUGUCCCUGGGAGAAAGAUCUUGGCCUCCUGCUGCUGGUUAUUCAUUUGUUUGUUGGUUCCAGUCUCGUAAUUUUUUUGCAACCCAAGGAAAAGCAGCAGGAGAGUAUGAAGCUGGUGGUUCAUCAAAGACGCAGGUUUUGAGUGGGCAGCAAAGUGAACAAAAUGUUUUCCGGAUAUUUUCUAUCGGUGCAAGUAACGAAAGUCCAUUCUAUGCGGAACUUUAUUUUCAAGAGGAUGAUAUUCUGACCCUUGCCACUAGCAGUUCAAAUUCUUUGUCAUUUUCUGGAUUAGAAAUUGAGGAGGGCAAGUGGCAUCAACUUGCUGUUGUUCAUAGUAAGCCUAAUGCUCUUGCCGGACUCUUCCAAGCUAGCAUCGCAUAUGUUUACAUUGACGGAAAACUAAGGCACAUGGGUAAAUUGGGUUAUUCUCCUUCACCUGUUGGAAAAUCAUUGCAAGUAACAAUUGGAACUCCAGCUACUUGUGCCAGGGUAAGCGAUUUGACGUGGAAAAUACGCUCAUGCUAUCUUUUCGAGGAGGUGCUUUCAUCAGGCUGCAUUGGUUUCAUGUAUAUUCUCGGUAGAGGGUAUAAAGGUCUCUUUCAGGAUGCAUAUCUCUUACGUUUCAUGCCUAAUCAGGCUUGUGGUGGGGGCAGCAUGGCUAUCCUUGACUCGUUAGUCACUGACAUGUUGUCAUCGUCCAAUAGCCAAAAAUUUGAGGAAAGUAACAGACAAGGGGAUUCCAAGGCAGAUGGUAGUGGGAUUGUAUGGGAUCUCGAGAGGUUAGGAAAUCUUUCCUAUCAGUUAGCUGGUAAGAAACUUAUUUUUUCAUUUGAUGGAACAUGCUCAGAGUUCAUGCACGCGGCUGGAAAUUUUAUCCUCCUCAAUCUGGUUGACCCAUUGUCCGCUGCUGCUUCUCCUAUUGGAGGAAUACCUCGUUUUGGGCGCCUGGUGGGAAAUGCAAGUAUCUGCAGACAAAAUGUGAUUGGCAACACUAUCCGCCAUGUGGGAGGAAUGGCUGUUGUAAUUGCACUUGUUGAGGCUGCCGAAUCUAGAGAUAUGUUACAUAUGGCUCUUUCAUUGCUUGCCUGUGCCCUUCAGCAGAAUUCACAGAAUGUGAAGGAUAUGGAAACAUACAAGGGCUAUCAUUUACUAGCUCUGUUUUUACGUCCCAAGAUGGCGCUUUUUGACAUGCAAUGUUUGGAGAUAUUUUUCCAGAUUUCUGCAUGCGAAGCGUUCUUUUCAGAGCCAAAGAAGUUGGAGAGGGGACAGAGUACCAUUAGCAUGUCACCUACGAAGAAUGUACCUGAAAACAACUAUGAGGAUAUUAGUCUGUCAAAGUUUCAAUAUGAAACUUCUUCAGUUGGAUCUCAUGGAUAUAUGGAUGAUUUUUCAGGGCCCAAAGAUUCUUUUAGUCAGUUAUCUGAGCUAGAAAUUGGAGAUAUUCCUGUUGAAACUUCAAACUGCAUCGUCUUAUCUAAUGCAGACAUGGUGGAAAAUGUCCUCCUGGACUGGACUCUCUGGGUGACAGCCCCUGUUUCCAUCCAGAUCGCCUUACUUGGUUUUCUGGAGAAUCUGGUCUCAAUGCUUCGGUACAGGAGUCACAAUCUUACAAUCUUGCGCCGAAUCAACCUGGUAGAACAGUUGUUAGUAACACUUCAACGAGGGGAUGUGGAAGUUCUUGUCCUAGAAAAAAUAGUUGUUCUUCUUGGAUGCAUCUUAGAAGAUAGAUUCCUUACUUCUGAGCUUGAAAAUGUGGUUAGGUUUGUGAUUAUGACAUUUAAUCCACCCGAAAUAAAGUCUCGAAACUCACCAAGGCGAGAGUCAAUGGGAAAGCAUGUAAUUGUGAGAAACUUGCUUUUGGAAAUGCUUAUUGAUCUCCAGGUAACCAUAAAAGCAGAAGAACUGUUGGAGCAGUGGCAUAAGAUGGUCUCAUCAAAAUUAAUAACGUACUUCCUCGAUGAAGCUGUGCAUCCUACUAGUAUGAGAUGGAUCAUGACUCUACUCGGUGUUUGUCUCACUUCUUCCCCAAGCUUUUCUCUUAAGUUUGUUACAAAUGGAGGUUAUCAGGGGCUAACACGGGUACUUCAAAGCUUUUAUGAUUCCCCAGACAUAUAUUACAUUUUGUUCUGCUUGAUAUUUGGGAAACCUGUUUAUCCAAGACUACCUGAGGUCCGGAUGUUGGACUUCCAUGCACUAGUGCCGAAUGAUGGAAGCCGUGUAGAGUUGAAGUUUUUAGAUCUGUUGGAUUCAGUGGUUGCCAUGGCUAAAUCUACUUUUGACAGAUUGAUCAUGCAAUCAAUGAUUGCCCACCACUCUGGGAACCUUUCCCAGGCGAGCGCUAGCUUUGUAGCUAAGCUUGUCGAGGGAAAUGUCGAUAUGACAGGGGAGCUUCAAGGAGAUGCUUUAAUGCAUAAAACAUACGCGGCACGGUUGAUGGGUGGCGAAGCAUCAGCUCCUGCUACUGCGACAUCUAUUAUCCGUUUCAUGGUUGAUCUUGCAAAGAUGUGCCCUCCAUUUUCAGCUGUUUGCAGAAGCGCAGAAUUUCUCCAACAUUGUGCUGAUCUUUACUUUUCAUGUGUCAGGGCUGCUCAUGCUGUGAAGAUGGCCAAACAGCUUUCAAUAAAAACAGAGGAGCAGUGUCUAAGUGGUGGGGAUGAUAGCAGCGCACAAGGCGUUUUCUCUAACUUGCCUCAAGACCUGGACCAAUCCACAAAAACCUCCAUCAGUGCUGGAAGCUACCCUCAAGAGCAGGUCAGUGUGAGUUCUGAAGGCAUGCCUUUACCUUCAGAUUAUGUGGUUGCUGAUAAGGUGGAGAAGAUUCUUACAACACCGUCAGGGGCUUCAGCAAAAUCAUUUCAAGAUCGUGAGUAUGUUAAGAAACUGGAUGGUGAUCGUGUUAGCCCUGUAUCAGCUUCCAGUGAACUGGAAUUUCGAGACUGUAAAGGUAAAUCAAGUAAAAUUCAGCCAACAGAUUCUCAGAGUUCUGAAUCCUUCUCGAUGUUAGAGUCUCCCGUUGUAUCUGAAAAAUCAAGUCGCAAAGGCCCAUUCACUUCUUCAACAUCUCCGCUUCCAUCGCAUAUCUCAGUUAGUGAGUUUGAUGCAUCUUCAGAUCACAAGUCAGGUUCACAAGGUUUAUCUGCUGCCCAUACAUUGUUUAAAAUUAGCCCAAAACUUCUCCUCGAAACUGAUGAAUCUGGGUACGGUGGUGGGCCGUGUUCCGCUGGAGCAAGUGCGGUGCUGGAUUUUAUGGCGGAGAUAUGUGCCGACUUAAUGACUGAGCAGAUGAAAGCAGUACAGACUUUGGAAAGCAUUUUAGAAAUGGUUCCUUUAUAUGUGGAUCCUGAAUGUGUUCUAGUAUUCCAAGGCUUAUGCCUUAGCAGAGUCAUGAACUAUCUUGAGAGGCGUCUCGUGCGUGAUGAUGAAGAGGAUGACAAAAAACUAGACAAAAGAAAAUGGUCUGCAAACUUGGAUGCAUUUUGCUGGAUGAUUGUGGAUCGUGUCUAUAUGGGCGCUUUUCCUCUACCAACUGGAGUCCUUAGAACCCUCGAGUUCUUGUUAUCAAUCCUGCAAUUAGCUAACAAAGAUGGUAGGGUUGAAGAAUUCACUUCUUCAGGAAAAGGUCUGUUAUCCAUUGGAAGAGCAACCAAGCAACUAGAUGCAUAUGUUCACUCAAUCCUGAAGAACACAAAUAGAGCAAUACUGUAUUGCUUCCUACCAUCGUUCUUGACAACUAUUGGAGAGAAGAACCUGCUUUCACGUCUGGGCUUGCUUGUUGAAUCUAACAAGAGGCAACCCUCAGAUGAGGAAUCUGGAAUUGAUAUCUCAACAGUUCUUCAGCUGUUGGUUGCAAACAAGAAUAUCAUAUUAUGCCCAAGCAAUCUUGACACAGAUUUGAAUUGCUGUCUGUGUGUGAAUUUAAUCUCUCUGCUCCAUGACCAGAGGAAGAAUGUGCAAAACAUGGCAUCUAAUAUUGUCAAACAUAUGCUGGUUCACCGAAGGUCUGCUUCUGAGGAUUUGCUUGUCAGAAAACCACAUCGAGGACAAACCCUCGAUGUACUACACGGAGGUUUUGAUAGAUUGCUGACUGGAAAUCUUCCAGAAUUUUCUAAGUGGCUUGAGAGCUCAGAAGAAACUGUAAAGAAAGUAUUGGAUCAUGGUGCUGCGGUUAUGUGGACUCAGUACAUAGCUGGCUCGGCAAAAUUUCCUGAUGUUCGGAUGAAAGGCAUGGAUGGCCGCCGUACGAGAGAGAUGGGAAGAAAGUCACGAGAUAUUUCUAAGUUAGACGUGAAACGCUGGGAGCAGUUAAAUGAGCGAAGACAUGCACUUGACAUAGUGCGGGAUACAAUGUCCACUGAGCUUAGAAUUGUCCGGCAAAACAAAUAUGGUUCGAUACUUCAUGCCGAGAGUGAGUGGCAAAAUCAUCUCCAACAGCUUAUACACGAGCGUGGUAUAUUCCCACUGCGUGUUUCCCAAGGAUCUGGAGAUCUUGAAUGGCAACUCUGUCCUAUCGAAGGUCCAUACAGAAUGCGGAAAAAGCUUGAACGAUGUAGCCUGAAAGUUGAUAGCAUCCGUAAGUUACUAGAAGGGAAGUUGGAACUUGAAGAAAUUGAACUACCCAAACCGAAAAACGAAGAUGGCAUAGUUAUUUUUGAUAAGGAUUGUGAGCCAGAUUUCCUGCUAAGUGAACUUUAUAGCGAGUCCUUUUUCGAAGAAGCUGAUGCUCUUAAGGAUAUUCCUUCUGCUAGAAAUGGAUGGGAUAACGAUGGAGGCAGUAGUUCAAGUGAAACGAGUCUUCAUAACGCUCUUGAUUUUAGUGCCAAGUCUAGUGGUACAAUAUCUGUUCUAAUCAGCGAAAAUACAGAUGAAAAAUCAGAGACUGGAUCUCCAAGAGGGUCAUCUUCUGGUAAUAUGGAUGAAACAAGAGAUGUGGAGGAAGAAUCAGAGAAGGAACUGAACGACGAUGGUGAGUAUUUGAUCAGACCAUAUCUGGAACAUCUUGAAAAGAUUAGGUUCCGAUACAAUUGUGAGAGAGUUGUUGGUUUAGACAAACAUGAUGGGAUUUUCCUGAUAGGGGAACUAUGCCUAUAUGUUAUAGAGAAUUUUUACAUUGACGAUCAUAGCUGUAUCUGUGAGAAGGAAUGUGAAGACGAAUUAUCCGUUAUCGAUCAGGCGUUGGGUGUGAAAAAAAAUGUCACCGAAGGCUUGGAGUUCCAGUCCAAGUCUAGCCCACUAUGGAGUACAAAUAUGAAAACCGGAGCUGUAGGGGCAAGAGCAUGGGCAUAUGGCGGUGGGGCUUGGGGGAAGGAAAAAGUGCGUGUGACCGGUAACUUGCCACAUCCUUGGCGUAGGUGGAAGUUGGAUAGUAUUCAUGAAAUUUUGAAACGUGAUUACGAGCUGCGUCCAGUUGCUGUUGAGUUAUUUAGCAUGGAUGGAUGUACUGAUCUCCUUGUGUUCCACAAGAAAGAGAGGGAAGAAGUCUUUAGAAACCUGAUUGCCAUGAAUCUUCCAAGGAACCGCAUGCUGGAUACAACCAUAUCAGGAUCAGGGAAACAGGAAAGUAAAGAGGGUAGUCGUCUUUUCAAGUUAAUGGCAAAGUCUUUCACCAAAAGAUGGCAAAGUGGAGAGAUCAGCAAUUUUCAAUACCUAAUGCAUCUCAACACCCUAGCCGGACGUGGAUACAGUGAUCUCACACAGUAUCCGGUAUUUCCAUGGAUUCUAGCGGAUUAUGAUAGCGAGAGUCUUGAUUUGUCAGAUCCAAUGUGUUUCCGGAAGUUUGACAAACCAAUGGGUUGCCAGACGCCUGAAGGAGAAGAAGAAUUUAGGAAACGAUAUGACAGCUGGGAUGAUCCAGAGGUGCCAAAGUUUCAUUAUGGUUCUCACUAUUCAAGUGCAGGCAUUGUUCUCUAUUACCUCAUUCGCCUCCCACCGUUCAGUGCUGAAAACCAGAAGCUCCAGGGUGGUCAUUUUGAUCAUGCUGAUAGACUUUUCAAUAGUAUUAAAGAGACUUGGCUAAGUGCAUCUGGGAAAGGAAAUACAUCAGAUGUGAAAGAACUAAUUCCUGAGUUCUUCUACAUGCCCGAAUUCUUAGAAAAUAGAUUUAACCUUGAUUUUGGUGAAAAACAGUCGGGAGAAAAGGUGGGUAAUGUCUUUUUACCUCCUUGGGCUAGAGGGAGUGUUCGUGAAUUCAUCCGCAAGCACAGAGAAGCGUUGGAGUCUGAUUAUGUUUCAGAGAAUCUGCAUCAUUGGAUAGAUCUCAUCUUUGGGUACAAACAGCGAGGAAAGGCUGCAGAAAAAGCAGUGAAUGUUUUCUAUCACUAUACCUAUGAGGGGAAUGUGGAUGUAGAUGCAGUUACGGAUCCUGCCAUGAAAGCAUCGAUACUAGCGCAGAUUAAUCAUUUCGGACAAACGCCUAAGCAACUGUUUCAGAAACCUCAUGUUAAAAGAAGAACAGACAGAAAAAUCCCUCUGCAUCCUCUGAAACACUCGACGCAUCUAGUUCCUCGAGAUAUACGUAAAUGCUCAUCGUCUAUAAACCAGAUCAUCACUUUCCAUGACAAGUUGCUUGUCGCCGCCUCAAACUGUUUCCUGAAACCGAGAGGCUAUAGGAAGUACAUAAGAUGGGGUUUCCCAGACAGGAGCUUGCGAUUCAUGAGCUAUGAUCAGGACAAGCUCUUAUCCACACAUGAAAAUCUCCACGAAGGCAACCAGAUCGAGUGUGCUGGUGUUAGCCACGAUGGGCGCGUUGUCGUCACUGGAGCAGACGAUGGUCUACUCUCUGUGUGGAGAGUCAGCAAGGAUGGUCCGCGUGGCUCACGGCGUUUACGGUUAGAGAAAUCCCUUUGUGCACACACAGCCAAAGUCACUUGUCUACGUGUAAGCCAACCUUACAUGAUGAUUGUGAGCGGUUCAGAUGAUUGUACAGUUAUCAUAUGGGAUCUCAGCUCAUAUAAUUUUGUGAGGCAGCUCCCUGAGUUUCCAGUUCCUGUUUCCGCAAUCUACAUAAAUGACCUAUCAGGAGAAAUCAUAACUGCUGCUGGAACUUUACUCGCGGUAUGGAGCAUCAAUGGAGAUUGCCUUGCUGUGGUUAACACAUCAUCACAGUCACCAUCUGAUUUUAUAGUAUCAGUAACAGGCUCAACGUUUUCUGAUUGGCUGGAAACAAAAUGGUAUGUGACUGGUCAUCAAAGCGGGUCGCUUAAAGUGUGGCAGAUGGUGCAUUGCACUGAUCCGGUCGGUGCUGAGAUCAAAUCUGCUAGCAACAGAACAGGAUGGACAAAUCUUGUGCCGGAAUACAAGUUGCUUCCACACAAGGAGUUGGAUUGCCAUAAGCAACCGAUCACAGCUCUGCAUCUCACGGCCGACCUGAAGCAAUUGCUGAGUGGAGAUUCGGGUGGACGUUUGAUUUCAUGGACAGUUCCAGACCAGAUACUAAAAGCUUCACUCAAAAAUGCUCUCAUAGCUCAGAAUCUUAAGCAUCAUCAUCUAGAAGCUAGGAUUGGAAUCUAAAGCAAUCACUAAUGGUAGAUGAAAAUCAGAAUGUUUAAUGUUUUCUUAAAUCGAAAAAUUGUGAAGCAACAAAGGGAUGGAGAAACUGGUACAAUAACUUAGAGGCUUUUGUAUUGAGAAUUUGUGUAGAUACAGCUAAUAGGCAAUUUGUGUAAAUUAAUAGUACAGUCCCAUCUCUAAAUUCUCAGAUGAAAAUUUUGUAACCAUUUUAAUGUUUUUUGUUUGUAGCUUAGGAACUUCUAACUUGAACAAUGGCUUCAACAUUAAUGGUGAUAUUUCUGUUUUUAAACUGUAAACCAGACAACAGUUUCA